AUGUCUUCACUUGCAGGAGACGAGAUCCCUUGUGGAACUCGUCUCCCGGCCGCAUGCGAGACGUGUCGAAAAUUAAAGAUGAGGUGUAUUCGACCAAGAAAUCAGCAGAGUCAGCAGGAGAAUAGUUCAACAGAACCCUGCGAACGCUGCAUACGCACCAACCGAGCUUGCAACAUUCCAAAGCCACGACCUCUUGGGAGGAAGCGCGGGGCACUUGGUCGUUACCAGGGCUUCGAAAAGGCGUAUCGAAAAAUGCAGUCUGAGCUUAAGAAGACCAAAGUCUCUCACGCGACUGAGGAUGUCGACGAAAUUGGUCAUGUCAUUUCUGGAGAAGAGCCUAUCAUGGAGCAUUUGUUCCCCAGCCACCCAUCCGGGACAGUCGACCCUAGACAGUCAUCUCCGGCAAUGAAUGAUGGGACCCUACAUGCCUGUCUUAGUCCAGGUUACCCGACCGUCCAGGAUGAUCAGUCCCGCGUAGACCUUAUUUCUCAUUCGUUCCACAGUGGAAGUACCAACCAGACCAACCAGGAGCGAACCAGUAAUCCCCUAGCCUUGCUAGCUGAUGCAUCAGACGCCGCACAAUCAUUGGAAUUGUUUCCCGUGCCUCAUAAUAACUUACCGGAGGUGAACGGCGGAUCCUCCGCCACGAAGUCGUCUCAGACAAGUCAAGUCAAUGGCGCAAGUCUGAGCCGUCAAUUGCUUCAUCGGCCAGGUUAUGUGUCCCUUGGACUAAAGCUGAACAGAAAUACACUAGAGCAAGGACUAGAUGCUAUCCUCGCCCCGUCUGUGGUCGAAUCCCGGUACUCAAACUAUUUCAGCACUGCUCCCCGGGCGCCUCUCCGCGACAUUGGGCCCGAUAUUGACCCAGUCGACUUAGGACUAGUUACAAUGGAAGAGGCCUGCCACUUAUUUCCAAUGUAUUUUUCCCGCCUGCAUCCAGUCAAUGGAAUCCUCGAUCCGAUGCUUCACACCCCUGAAUUCGUGCGUUCUCAAUCAGCAUUAUUGUUCACAUGGAUACUUGCCCUAACUGCUCAAUUUGAUCACGGGUCAGCGUCAAUCGCCAAGCGGCUGCGGCUUCAUGGGGAGAAACUCUCCAAGCAUGUUCAUACCUGUGGCUUCAAAUCAGUGGAGGUUGUUCAAGGAUAUUACAUAUCUCUUCUAUCAGCCACUCCUGCAGAAACAUUGGCCCAGGAAAGAUCCUGGCUCUACACUAUGUAUGCUUUCGGUUUAGCCGCCGAAUUGGGCUUGGAUCAGGAAUCCUGUGCCAGGCAUGCGAAUGCUCCCUGUUUUGGAUCACCCAUAUCUGCCGCAAGGCACCACCCACGCGAAAACAUAUCGAGUUUGCCUGAGUAUCCCGCAGAAGAUCCAAUCAAUCUUCAGCGCAUGGCACGAAAUCGGGAAAGAACAUGGCUAAGGAUCCUCUUAUGGGAACGAGCAAACUCUGCAGCAUGUGGUCGGAUACAUACUUUCCCGGAGACCGAUUUAACACACAAUAUUGAGGGAUGGUGGUUACAUCCCCUGGCUGAUCCAACGGACAAGCACACAUGUGCAUUCAUCACCUUGAGGCAGAGCUUAGCCGCGCUACACAGCAACCUCAGAGACCAGGCGCAACUGGAGCAUGUGAAUUCUCAUUGGGUACGAGAGCUGGUUGAUUUAAGCAUGCAGCCUUGGUGUACCAUAUGGCUCCCGCGAUCUGGUCUUGAACACAUCCAGUCAUCAUCGGAAAAUCUGUCCGAUAUCUUCCUUCGUUACGUCUAUUACCAUGGUAGACUCUGGACUUUGUCAUUUGCCCUUCAUGGUUCUAUAAAUGGUGGCCAUCAUUUGGAAGCAAUCCGAACAGACUGUUUUGAAGCCGCCGUCAGCUGCUGUGAGAUAGCAGUACAUGAUUUGGACGCCAUCGGGGAGCCAUUGUACUGCAUGCUUGCCCCGACUUGGGCAAUGAUAUCCUAUGCUGGUGUGCUAGCAUUACGACUAUUCCCCUUUCUUUACGGGCCCCGUGUUGGAAACGAGGUAGAGCUUCUUGCCUUGCUUGGCCAAGUCGCCAUGCACCUAGAGCGUGCAGGCAAAACGCCGUCGCAUCGUUUCGGGAUUGCUGCAUUGCUUGGACAGCACAUCAUGAGAAUAGUGAAAGCCAGGGGGAUAUGGCUGACAGACUCAGCAUCUGCCGAGCAAGCAGAAGAUUCGUAUAGCAAAAGCUUUGUUGGAAACCAGAGGUCAUUCAUACCACCACAAUCUCCAUGUGUGCGGGCUCAUGAUGCUCUGAUUUCGGAACAUGACCCGUUCUUGACGACGGCAUCUAUGUCUACCGAAGGUGAUCUAACGGGUGAAAGCUUUGCUGAUUUUUUUAAAGAGACGUUUGGACCGGGUUUCAGUGGUGUAUUCUAG